AUGUGUGAAAUGUUGAUAAAAAUUCCGAGAGUUUUGCAAGUUUUUACCAAACAUUUCCAUAAUGGCAACAGUAGUAAAAUAGGUGUACUAGGUGUGCCCUUUAAUAAAGGUCAGCCUAAAUUAGGUGUGGCAAAAGGGCCUAAAGUGAUACGAGAUGCUGGUCUCAUACAAAAAUUAUCUGAAAUUCACGAGCUAGUCGAUGUCAAAGAUUACGGGGAUGUUUCAUACAAUAUAAACGAGGUUAAAGAAAUUCUAAACAUGAAAGAAUAUCCUCAUUUUGCCUCUUGCAAUCUUGAAGUGUCCAGAAAUGUGGAAAAGAUUGUUAAAGAUGGAAGGAUAUGUUUAACUUUGGGAGGAGAUCACUCUAUAGCCGUUGGGACUGUGGACGGCCACAUAAAAGCCAAAACAGAGAACAUCUGUAUCCUAUGGAUAGACGCGCAUGCGGAUUUGAACACAAACAAAACGUCUAGUUCGGGUAACGUUCACGGUAUGCCAAUGGCGCUGCUGGCACGCGAACUGUCAGAUUACUGGCCGUACCUCCCAGGAAUGGACUGGCAGAAACCUGUGAUCUCUAUUAGGAACGUUGCCUACAUCGGGUUGAGAUCUGUGGAUUCUUAUGAGAGACUUGUAAUUGAUAGGUUGGGGAUUACGGCUUUUGGUAUGGAGGAUGUAGAGAAUUAUGGGAUUAAUACUGUGGUUAAAAUGGCGUUGGAUAGGAUAGAUCCUGAGGGAAGAAGGUCCAUACAUGUUAGUUAUGAUAUUGAUUCCCUAGAUUCUUUGGAAGCUCCUAGUACUGGAACAUCAGUUAGAGGAGGUUUAACACUGAGGGAAGGCAUCCAUAUUAUGGAAACAAUCCAUAAAACUGGACGUUUGGGCGCUAUGGACUUGGUGGAGGUAAAUCCAAGUAUAGGGAGUGAGAAAGACGUUAAUAGAACCGUUGAAGCUGCCGUGCACGUAAUUCUAGCUGCAUUUGGACACAGUAGAAGGGGUUUACUGCCCAAAACAAGCUUACCUUUGCAGACAUUUCCGCCAACUAAAGAAUCAAUAAAAAUAUAA